AAAACAAAACAAAGCCUUAAAAGAAAAGUCAUCUUCCCUCCCUCUAACCCUAGCCGGCCCCCGUGGUUUCAUUCUCGCCGCCUAGCACCUCCAUCCGACGGUCAUUGACAAGCAGCGGCGGUACUAUUUUCCAGCAACCGACGGCGGCAUUCGGCGAACCAACAGUGACAGCGCACAGCGGCUCUGGCGGCGCGAGCUUCAUCCUCGGGUGUUCCACAGCAUCUACGGUCAGCCCAGAUCCGACAUCUUUCGGUAGACUCGUGGCGGGACCUACAGCUUCAUCGUCUCCUUCCGGCGGUUCUCGGUAGCGCUACGAUUUUCGCAGCGACGCGUCGCCUACAGCUGAAGCGGCAACCGACGACGGUACUUCUCCCACGGCGGCGUUUUUCGGUAGCAGCGGCUCGAGCAACGAAACUAGCUGCGGGAUUCAUGUUUUUAGUCCAGAUUCGGCGACUUCCUAGCAUCUCACGAGCGACCAUUGACGUUCCAGCGGCGAUUCAAUUGACAGUAGCAUUUUGAGGACGUUUUACGGUGACCCACCCAUUUUCGAAGUUAGAUUUGCGGUACCCAACCUCUUCGGCAUCUAUUCGGCACCUAUCCACGCUCAAAGUUUUAUUUGAGUUACCAAUCAGUUUUUGGCAUCGGAUCAACAAGUGCAAAGCCCUUCGAACUUGGAUUUGGAAGCCUGGACCUCCUCGACGUAGACCCACUCCUAACCCAAGAAAUUUUAGUGUGAGUUAGUAGGGAAUCCUUUGACAAGCUUAGUAGUGCGUUAGGACUUUUGUAAUCUGCCAUGAUCUGCGAAAGAAGCUCGAAGCUCAGUGUUGAAAAUGGUAUUUUCUACUUUCCCAUCUCAAUCAUGACAAAUGAUCAUCAUCAAUCUUAGAAUCGCGAGGGCCUACGCCAAAAAUUUCCUAUCUUUAUUCCUCCAUUUUGUUCCUGUCAAGAACCUCCAUGCCAAUUCAAAUGAAGAAUCAUGUUCCGGCCACCCACCGCAAAGAACACAUUUGGUUUCCCCCAAUAACGUGAACCCAAAAGUUCAUUUUGCCACCACUUCUGAUGUUGUUUCGUUGAAUAAAACAAUCAGUAGUUUAGUAAGAGCUGGGGAUUUAGAGUCCGCCCACGAGGUGUUCGACAAAAUGCCUGUUAGAACCACGGUUACUUGGAAUUCUAUGUUGUCGGGAUACUCGAAGGUGGUUGGAAAAAUGAAGGAAGCCUGUGAAGUGUUUGAUCAAAUUCCUCAACCAGAUUCCGUGUCUUAUAACAUUAUGUUGGCUUGUUAUUUAAGAAACUAUGGUGUUGGGGUUGCUUUGACUUUCUUUAACAGGAUGCCUGUCAAGGAUAUUGCGUCUUGGAACACGAUGAUCACGGGAUUUGCCCAGAAUGGACAAGUGCGAGAGGCGUUUGAAUUGUUUUCAGUGAUGCCGGAGAAGAACGGCGUCUCAUGGAGCGCUAUGAUUUCCGUGUACGUGGAGCAAGGAGAUUUGGAUUCAGCCGAGGAGUUGUAUGAGAAAGCGUUUAUAAAGAGUGUGGUUGUGGAGACUGCAAUGCUUACUGGGUACAUGAAGUUUGGGAAGGUGGACUUAGCUGAAAGGUUAUUUCAUAAGAUGGGUGUGAGGAAUUUGGUCACGUGGAACUCUAUGAUAGCAGGGUAUGUCGAGAAUUGUCGCGCUGAGGAUGGUCUGAAGCUCUUCAAGGCAAUGAUUGAAUCUCGGGUGAGGCCGAAUGCUUCGAGUUUGAGCAGUGUCCUUCUUGGUUGUAGCAACUUGUCUGCUUUGCCUAUGGGUAGGCAAGUGCAUCAACUGGUUAGUAAGUCUCCUCUAUCCAAAGAUACAACUGCUUGUACUUCAUUGAUUAGCAUGUAUUGCAAGUGUGGAGAUCUAGAUAGUGCCUGGAAGUUGUUUCUUGAGAUGCCGAGAAAGGACGCGAUUACUUGGAAUGCCAUGAUUUCAGGUUAUGCUCAACACGGUGCUGGUCGAAAAGCACUUAAUUUGUUUGACGAGAUGAGAAAUGGUGCAAUGAAACCAGAUUGGAUCACGUUCGUUGCAGUCCUAUUAGCCUGUAACCACGCAGGCCUCGUCGAUCUCGGCGUUCAGUAUUUCCAAUCUAUGAAGGAGUUCGGAAUCGAAGCAAAACCAGACCACUACACAUGUGUGAUCGACCUUCUCGGUCGAGCUGGUAGGCUAGACGAAGCAGUAAGCGUGAUCAACGAGAUGCCAUUCAAGCCUCAUGCUGCAAUCUUUGGAACCCUCUUGGGGGCCUGUAGAAUCCACAAAAACCUGGAUCUGGCGGAGUUUGCAGCCAAGAACUUGUUAGACCUCGACCCCAUGAGCGCCACCGGAUACGUUCAGCUUGCAAAUAUCUAUGCAGCAACGAGCAAAUGGGACCGAGUGGCUAAAGUGAGGAAGAUGAUGAAAGAACACAAUGUAGUUAAAAUACCUGGUUACAGUUGGAUUGAGAUCAAGAGUGUAACUCAUGAGUUCAGAUCGGGGGACAGAGUUCAUCCAGAACUGACCUCCAUUCACAGGAAACUAAAUGAGUUAUAUGGGAAGAUGAAGCUAGCAGGGUAUGUUCCAGACCUUGAAUUUGUGCUGCAUGAUGUAGAAGAAGAGCACAAAGAGAAGCUAUUGCUAUGGCACAGUGAGAAAUUGGCAAUCGCUUUCGGAUUGCUAAAAAUGGCGCCCGAGACUCCGAUUCGGGUUUUCAAAAACUUGAGAGUCUGUGGGGAUUGUCACAGAGCAAUCAAGUUCAUAUCAGCUAUAGAAAGAAGGGAGAUUAUUGUGAGAGACACUACACGGUUUCAUCAUUUUAGUAAUGGAUUCUGUUCUUGUGGCGAUUACUGGUAAGCAAUCGAGUUUUUCUGUUAGAACUUUC